AAUGUUUAGUCAGUUGUCCGUCUAACAGUGUUGGUCAUGGAAUACGUUAAUUGGCUCAUAAUAAUAAAUACGCGGCUUUCCUUGUAGAUAAACUAUACUUUAUUAACUUCAGUCCACAGGGAAAUUUGUUAUUUGUGAACCAUUGUGUCGUACUAAGCUGUCGUCGAAUGGGAUCACUGAUCCCGUUACUAGUGUGCGUGAGCGUAGCACAGACAGCGCCUCAACAAAACAGCAAUAUCACUUAUAUCAAGCCUUUAGAACCGACACAACCUGCACUGAAAACUGCCAAAACCGAAUCUAGAAUAGAAAAUGUUACGAUACCAACUGACGCUGAGAAGGAAAUAAGGAGCUCCUCGCAAGCUAACUAUAGCCAACCUAUCUAUAAUUACUCUGACAGGAUAUACUCCAUCAAAAACAAACCAAAAUCUACAACAGAGAAGAUUAUCCCUUCAACUGAAGAUAUUAAAGAAACUUCAAGCGAAAAACCUGAAGAAAGUACAUCUGACAUUGUAGCUGUUGAGAGUAUAACCAGCGACAGAACAUUCGAUGAGACAGAGAGAACAACUGCAAGCGACGAAACCAUUACUGAGAAAUACGAAGAAGAUUCAACAGUAACUACUGAGGUUUACGAGGAAACUACUAGAUUACCGACUCCCCGACUAUUACCAAAGCUGAGUUAUUACGGUAAAUCUUCUUCAGGGUCAUUCUCGCAGAACUUGAUCCCCAUCCCUGGUAAGAGAAAGUUCCGGUCACGAUGCCGAUGUGAGAAAAUUUGGAACUGCGCCAAACUGCAAAUCAGUGUACCACGAUGUCCCGAAGAGUAUUUUAUGUGCUGUGCAUAGACUUGUAAACGUGUAGAACUCUAUUAGUUGUAAGCCCACCGAACAUUUAUGAUAUAAAAGAAAUCUGACACCAGUAUGCUCGAUAUUUUUAUUAUGAAGUGUUGGUAUAACGCAGAGUUGUCACUACCUAGUACUAAAACAAAGCAUCGCUUAGCGCUGUCUGUCCCUUUGUAUCCUUAGAUCUUUAAAACUAGGCAACUGAUUUUGAAGCGGUUUAUAUGGAUAGAUAGCGAUUCAGGAGAAAGGGUUAUAAUAGUUUACAUGUACUUACCUAUAUUAACAUCCGUCAUAAGGGCUAUGAUCAGUUUCUUUGCGAGAUCAGAUAAAAGACGAGGAAAUCCGCAAACGGAGAAAGGUCGCCGAAUAGCCCAACGGAUUAGCAAGUUGAAGUGGCAGUGGACAGGGCACACAGCGCGGAGAACCGAUGGCCGCUGAGGCAGAAAGGUAAUCGAGUGUAGGACGUCCAUCCGCAAGAUGGACAGACGACCUGAUUAAGGUCGCCGGGAGCCGCUGGAUGCAGGUCGCUUCCAA